AUGCCCGCCGAGACUUUGGAAAGUGUUACAGACCCAAGCAAGCUGCCCUACUGGGAGCAGCAUUAUUUUGGAUCAUAUGAUCACUUCAGUAUUCACGAAGAGAUGCUCAAGGACAGAGUCAGAACUCUGUCGUACAAAAAUGCGAUUAUGCGCAAUAGACAUCUUUUCAAGGGCAAGACUGUCUUGGAUGUGGGAUGUGGAACAGGUAUUCUUUCCAUGUUUGCUGCACAGGCUGGUGCUAAGCACGUUUAUGCUGUUGAUAUGUCCAGUAUUAUCGAGAUGGCCAAGAAAAUUGUUGACUUGAAUGGGUUUUCUGGCAAGAUCACUCUCUUGAGAGGAAAAUUAGAGGACAUGGAGCUCCCUUGUGGAAAAGUUGACAUUAUCAUCAGUGAGUGGAUGGGUUACUUCCUACUUUACGAAUCCAUGCUGGACACCGUUUUAUACGCCAGAGACCACUUUCUCAAGGAAGGAGGCUUGAUCUUCCCUGAUAAGGCCUCUAUUCACGUUGCUUUGGUUGAGGAUGGUGAGUACAAGGAUGAUAAAAUACAUUUCUGGGAGUGCAAGGAUCGUCUUUAUGGCUUUGACUACUCGCCCUUCGUUGAAAUUGCAAUGGAAGAUCCCCUGGUGGACACAGUCAACAAUAGAUCGGUUGUCUCGACACACCACAAGCUUAUAGAGUUUGACUUGAACCAUGUCAAGAAGUCGCAACUUUCUUUCAAGCGGAACUUCCAGGUUAGAGCAAAUAGAAGAGAUAUGGCUCACGGAUUAUUAGCAUGGUUUGACAUUGUCUUUCCUUCUGACUCCCCAAAGAACGUUGUUAGAUUUUCCACGGGUCCGCAUGCCUCCUACACGCAUUGGAAGCAGACUUUGUUCUACUUCGAUGAUGUUCUGGAGCUUGACAAGGGUGAUAUUAUCAGUGGCUCUCUUUCGUGCAAACCAAAUAAGCAUAACAAUAGGGAUCUUGACAUUGAAAUCAACUAUGAUUUCAAGGCAAAUGGAGACCAGAAAAGGUCUGCCAAAAAUGGUCGUAUAUACCGUCUUCGUUAA